AUGGGAAAAGCUAGUCACUGGUGUUCGGCUUGUAGAGCUCAUCAUAGUGGACCCUGUUUGGAGAAAACUAAAAGAUGUGAUAGGUGUGGUAAGCAGGGACAUGUUGCUUCUAGUUGCAAAGAUAAGGUUCGAUGUUACAAGUGUGGUGAGAUGGGAAAUUUGGUUGCUGAUUGUCCUCAAAAGAAAGAUGGUACACAAAAAGCUAAAACUCGUGCAUAUCAGAUGACUACCAUGGAGGAAGAGGAUGAUACUAAAAAACAUGCAAAGGAUAUUAGUACUAGUGAUGGUAGUAAACCUAACGAUCAGUCUCCUCAAGUUAUUGACACGAUUGCUGAUAAUAUAUCUGAAUUAAAGGGAGGAGAGGAUGGAAAAAAUGGCGAUGCUGUGGAACAUACCCCUACUUAUGUUGGGGUCACAUCAACGUUAUGA